AUGUGGCUUUGGUGCAAGGCCAAGGUGGGGGCCCGAGCAUCCCAGAUGGGAGCGAAUAAGGGAAGAUGGGCCAGGCUGUGGAAACUAUCCUAUAGAGGUUUGUUGAAGAUGGUGACUGGCUCCCUCUUGAUAGCUUAUGAGAUCAGCUGUGUCACAGGAGGGUUGAAGCUGAUGAACAGGGAGCUGCCACCGAGAUUUAUGUACCCCAAAGAGUGGCAGCACCUCACCAUGUUCAUCCUCCUCAGCCUCAAUGGCUGUGUAGAUGUCACGAGCAAGAACUUGCUGCCUCAGAGAUGCGUACUCCUAGAAAAAGGUACCCUGGUCCUGACCUUCUACGUGCUUCUGCUGCUGCUGGUGUCACAUGUUCAGGACUCAUCAGGGGUGGAGCUGCAGAUUCAUUCUCUGCUUAUCUUGGUGGUCUUCCUGCUGAUGCUGGUGUUGACUGUAGAGCUCUGGGCUCCCGACACAUUUUACCUCCUGAUGAUCGAGACCUUGCUGUUUCUCCUGAUGGGCUCCUGGCUGAUACAGGCAGCCUUCAUUCUGUACAGACCUGUCACGGGCUACCCAUGGCAGGACGAUGACAUCAGCGACAUCAUGUUUAUCACCACUUUCUUCUGCUGGCAUUUGAUGAUCAAUGCUUUGUGCCUGUUGGGAAUCUAUGGUGUCUCUUUCUUUUGGCAUCGUUGUCACAGUCCCAACUUGAAGCUCAUGGAGACUAAAGAAGCUCCAUAUGCCACGAGCACUGUAGGAUCCCUCUACAACUUGCUGCAGGAAGGGGAGCAGGCAGAGAAAGAAGAACAGGCUCUUCUCCUUUCAAAGAGUUCGCCCUGAGACAGAACCUAGAUGCCUGGCACAUG